AUGGCUGAGAUAGUCUCAGUUGAGCCUGCCAAAGGCAGGAGUAGAAAAGACUGGAAGUUAGUGGGCGUGGAGAGCGUGCCUGAUGGCCCGAAACUGCGCGCUGCAGGCCAGCAAUGGUUUCACCGCCACAAUCUUGCGCAUAAACCUUUGACUCAGUCCUCCGAUCGUGGGAAGUUGACACUCAUUGGUAGGUGUCACGCCUGCAAUCCGUGCACCCGCCAGCACUGCUUCUCAUGGACUGAAGAUGGAAAGCUGAAAAUUGAGAUGUUUGGCGAGCAUUCGGUUUAUUGGAAUGAACCUGAUAUGGCCAAGUACCUUCGCGAGCACAUCUUUGUUGAGACCAACGGGGGUUUAUUGGAUGCCCCAUGGCGGUGUGGCCUAGGAUGCACGCCGUUGGGGUUCACAUCCUAUGCUCCCAAUGCAAUCGAAGUGUCCCAUCGUGUCCUAAAAGGUCUUUUGGAUCCUGCGUAUAACAAGCGCCCUGUGACUUCAAUCAUGUCUGAGAUUGCUGAAGCUUUGGAAAGUAGGUUGCGGUCUGGCUACUACGACAACUUGGAGAAAGAGGUGCGAGAACCAUGGCAGGCUCUUAUUCAGUCAACCAGGAAGCGGUCUGCUGUGGCUCUGUCAACUGACCCAGACGAUGAUGCCAAUCAUACCAAGGUGAAGAGGCUGGACCGCCAAGACUUUCUGGAGCAUUUCCGCAGGCACGGAGCGACAAAAACUUUCAUGGCGCAGACUUGCGACAAGUUCGUCGAAAACCUCAGGCGUGCCAACCUUUGCUAUGUCCUGCCAAAAUAUGUUUUGCGUUAUGCUUGGGAGCGAUCUGGCGACAUGAGGGCAGCCAUGAGGUUGGCUUUAGCUUCUGAAGUUGAGAAAGUGGAGGAUGCGGCGUGUCAUGGGGACACGGGUGUUUAUGACAUCUUCAGGCACAAGCACUUGCGAGAAACCUUUGUGUCUCUCUUUGUGUUGCAAGAUGGACAGGUGGUGGAUGGCCAUCGUGAUUUCAUUACAGGGGCUGGCUUCACCAAGCAUACUGUCUUCAUUUCUGGGCUGCUGGACAAGAAUGGAUGGAUGACUCCGCUUCCGAAAGGGCCAGUCAAUUCCCAGCCAGGAAAGAAAAGACCCAAAGCCAAGGCCAAGCGUUCUGCCCGGACCAAAACAAUGCUGGCACCGCCGCAACCUCGAGAAGUUGUUGGUGGCAAGAAGGGAAGCAAGGAGCUUUUGGUAUUUCCACGUGAUGUCUUGCCUGGCCGUCCCAGCAAUGCUGAUGAGCCGGCCUUUCUUCAUUUCUCUGGCUUGAAGGAUCAAGAUGGUAUGUGCUUGGCCCCUGCAACAAAAGGACACCGCUGUCGCAAGAAAAGGGUUUGUGGGAUUUUUUGUCGCCAACACUAUUUGGAUUGGUCCAACGACAACAAGAAGCAGAAGAUCUGGGGUUCAGUGGAAAAGACAUUUGCUCAAGACGAAUGGGAAAAGCAGCAGCUCCAGCUAGCGUGUCAACAAUCUCUUGAGCAAUCCCAACAGGCCAAGGAGGCCCUAGGAAGGAGCCAAAAUGCUGUUGCCGGGCGUCUGCGAGACCUGGGGAUGCAACGCUUGGACACCGUUGCAGAUGGCAAUUGCUUGUAUGUGGCUCUGGCCUUCAGCUGUGGCUUGCCGAUUCAACAUGAGCAUCUCAGACGGGAAAUUUGCCAAUACAUCCUUCACAUGAAAGAUUUUAUUUGCCAUGGAUGGACACCAAAAGAUUUGGAAGCAUAUGUCUCCCACAUGGAGACAGAAGGUGCUUACGGGGACGAACUCUCUUUGCAGAGUGCUGCCCAUUUGUUGGUGAGAGAGAUCAGGGUAAUUGGCGAGGAUCCUGAAAAGGACCGUGUGUUCCAGCCUCCGGAAUCAAUUUCCGCUGAGUGCUGGGGCGCGCCUGUGUUCUUGAGUUAUGCGGCUUUCAAUCAUUUUGAGGCUACAGAGCCUCUCAGCGUCAAGGUUUGGGAAGCCGCAGAACGUAACGCCUCAACCUACUGGGAUGGCGUUGCUGCAGACGUGCGUGCCAAGUGGGAGCCUCGCCUCACCUGGUUUAACGGCAUCCCUGUGACGGCGGAGAAAGGCGCAGAGCAUAACCCAGUGCAUCGCAUCCAUCAACUCUGUAAAGCACAAGACUUCUGCGCGUUCAAACUGGAUGUCGAUACUCCAUCAGUAGAAUAUCCUUUGGUUCUUCAGUUGAUUGACGACCCCGGUCACUUGAAGGAGUUCUUCUUUGAGCAUCAUGUUGAGAAUAAGCUAAUGCAUCGCUUUUGGAAGCAUGAUGUGAAUGGAUCGUUCCAAGACAGUUACGACCUCUUCACUGCCUUACGUGAGAAAGGUGGUGGCCAGCACGGUUCCUACUGUGGCGAGCUGCUACACCAGAACUCCGUGGUCUUCACUGAUGAAGGUGGCGCCUCUGUGGGAACCAGCACCUUGAACUUGGUGCUCUCCACCAUCGGCGUAGGUGCGCUGACACUGCCCUACACCACCGCCACGGUGGGUUGGCUUCAGUCCCUUCUUUUGCUGUUCAGCUUCUUCUUGGUGAGUGUCUACAACUUGUACUUGCUGGAUUUUGUGUGUCGAUCUCCCAAAUGCACUGCUGCGAAGUCCUAUGCGGCCGUUGUCUCAGCUGUGCUGGGCAAAGCGGGUGCGUAUUCCUUGGAAGGUUUCAUGUUGCUCUAUUCCUUUGGACUCUCUGUGUCCUACAUGGGUGUCAUUGGAACGGAAGUGGCGGUGCUGGCGCGGCUCACAGGAAGCCCGGAAGCAGCGAGCUUCUCUCAGGGUGACCUCAUCACCAUGGUGGCUGUGCUGGUGGUGCUUCCCCUGUCGCUGCUGCCGGACGCCUGGCUGCGGAUGUCGGGUGCCGUGGGCACAGUGUGUAUGAUCCUCACCACAGUCAUUGUGGUUUGUAUGGUCCCCUGGGCAUCAUCACCUCCCUUCGUGGAUGCCUGUGCUGAUGCGGCUCAGACGGCCCAGACUUCAGGCCUAUCGCUGGUCACCUGGCGGUCAUCGCCAGUUGCCCUGUUGGCGGCGGUACCCAUGUUCUCCUUCUGUAUGAAUGCAGCCACUGCCUUCGUGUCCAUUCGCUCUGAGAUGGGCCCUUUGAAAGAUCCUCCGCGCAGUUCAGUUUUGGCGCUCAUUUGGUUAGCGCAGGGCUUUGCACUGCUGGACUACUUGGUGAGUGGCGCUGCGGGCUACGUCUCAUUCUGCCAGGGAGCCCCGGACAAUGUGCUGGAUGGCUUCCCUUUGACGCAUUGGCCCAGUUUGAUGGCGCGCUUGGCCAUCGCCCUGCAAUUGACCUGCGCCUGCAGUGGUGUCUACAUCCCCCUAGCGAGGGCAGCGCUGACGCACCUCACAAAGGGCUUAGAUUCCGGAGCACCUCAAGGCCUUGGCCGCGGCGUUAGCACCUUGCUGUUGGUGUUUGCCAUGGUGCUGGUGGCACGGCUGCUGGAUGGCGCGCUGGCCUUGCCGCUGGGCCUUACCUCGGCGGUGUGUACCACGGCCAUCAUGUUCGUCUUCCCCGGGCUGUGUGCCUAUUGCCUCACUGGCCGCGAAGUGAAUGGCUUGGCGCCCUUGGCCUUCGCCGCCGUUGGGCUGGUAAUUGGUACGGCCUCCACGGCCACGCUGCUGAUGACCUAAGGAAAAGGGGAACUGCCGGUGGGACGUGCC